CGCAUAUAAAUUAGGAAAAUGCCACAUAUGUGGAAAAACCAUAACCGACAAUUCUGCACAUAAUAUGUCCAUAAUAUAA